AUGGUGUUUUCAGGCCUGCUCAGCUCGGGCGAUAGGCCGUCGUCUAGCCGCUCCAAGUCGAGCGGUGUCGAGGCGCACGACCUGCAGCCCGAGUUCAUCCACGACGAGGCCCAGCUCCCGUGCAUCCCCCCCGAGCGCCCCAACCUGCGCGACCUCAACAACAGCCUCGAGGCGCUGGCCGCCGUCUUCCCCGACAUACAGAUCGAGGUGUUCCGCGAGCUGCUGUCCAACUUUGACGGCGAGUCGAGGCUGGCCCUUGUCGCUGACGCGCUCCUCAAGAACCGCGUCGCCUGGGUCAAGGGCCGGUGGAGGGCGAUAGAGACCAACGGCCAGGGCCAGGAUGGCGUCCAAAGGGCAGACGUCUUUCGCAGCCAGGAGUAUAUCAAGGCCGUACGCGCCCUUGCCUGGCAAGAGUUUCGCGGCCUGCCGAGAGCCACCAUCAACGCCGUCCUCGCCGAGUCGAACCAUUCCUAUCUCGAUGCCCGACGGACCCUCGUGUCGCUCUCUUCCAAGUCGUGGCGCUUCACGAUAUCAUCGCUGAUUCUGCGCCGGAAGGCGGUGACGGGGACCGGCGAGGACGCCGCCGAGAACCACCCGCUCGUUGUCUGGCGGUCGACUGGCCAAGGGUCUAUCGUACCCACGAUCCGCACCACGGGCAACGCCGAACUCGAUCGCGAAUUGUACGAUGCCCUCGUGCGGCCACUGAAAGAACGGGUCCGUCUGGAUAGAGAGGCCAGGGACCGGGACCUGGCAGUGCGGCUGAACAAUGACGAAGCCGAGGAGGUCAACGCAACGCACGAGUGCUCCUGCUGCUUCGUGACCAGCACAUUUGAGGAAUUUACGAGUUGCAGCAAGAGCGGACAUAUGAUAUGUUUUCGCUGCGUGCAACAUUCUAUCAAGGAAGCCCUGUUUGGCCAGGGCUGGCUCAGCAUGAACACCGAGACGGGCACGCUGAAGUGCUUAGCCGUGGACGGCGACGGGUGCACCGGCCACGUCCCGGCCGACCACAUACACCGGGCACUGAUGGACGAAAAGUCGGGCGCAGACCUGCUUCACCGGCUAGACCAGCGGCUGGCAGAGCACAGCCUCGUCGCUGCUAAGGUGCCGCUGAUACACUGCCCAUUCUGCAACUACGCCGAGAUUGACGACAUCUACAUGCCGACUCAUGAGACACGACUGCGCAUUAGCGCUGCGAACGCCUACAAGCUGUUUAUUCUCACCACCUGCGCCGCGUUCCUCAUUCUCACAAUGCCCUUUAUUUUCGCAUCCACAGUCAUCUGCGUCGUGCUCAGUACAAACCUCACACUCUGGAGCGGCCUCACCACGGAAUGGCAAAGGGCCAUCACGAGGCACUGCCGCCGGCGUCGGGGCCUGCGGUUCGACUGCCAGAACCCCAAGUGCGCGCGGCCGUCUUGCCUCUCGUGCCACAAGUCGUGGACGGACAUUCACGUGUGCCACGAGUCGUCGCUCGUGGCGCUGCGAACGCAGGUCGAACAGGCCAUGAGCCUAGCGGUCAAGCGCGUGUGCCCGCGGUGCAACACCUCGUUCGUCAAGAACGCGGGCUGCAACAAGCUGACCUGCCCCUGCGGAUACAAGAUGUGCUACGUGUGCCGCGCCGAUCUCGGCGACGAGGGCUACCGCCACUUCUGCGAUCACUUCCGCCCGGACGGCGACCCUCGGCCAUGUCGGGAGUGCGACCGCUGCAACCUAUGGGAGUCGGAGGAUGUGGAGGAGGUGCUACGGGAGGCGCGCGACGAGGCCGAGCGCCGCUGGAAAGAGACGGAGAAGCGCGAGCUCUCGGGUCAGGAGAAGACGUACCUGGAGACGGGCGUCGCUGCGAGCGGCUCGGACCGCCGCGUUCGGCGCAUGCUGUCGGGAGGGCAUAUCCCGACGCUGCCGGACAUGCUCGACUUUUUGGUCGAAGUGCUCUUCACCUGA